UCAAACAGAGACAGAGGCAGGAAUGAUGGUGGUAGCAGCAUUGGGUGUCUGGACGGGAGCAGCAGCGACAUCAUCUGCAGCAGCAACAGGCGCAGACUCUCCGUUGACCUCGGUUUGCUGGUUGCAUUCACGGGAAAUGUGACCAGUCUCGCCGCAUCGGUAGCAAGUCUUGCCGGCAGUGUUGAGAGGGCCACCGUUGGGAGCAGUGCACUCGCGAGAGAUGUGGCCGAGCUUGCCGCAAGCAUAACACUUCAUGGCCUGAGCCUGGCAAUCACGAGCGAAGUGGUUGGGACCACCGCACUUGUAGCAGGUAGCAGGACGAGGGCCACCAGAGAAACCACCACGGAAGCCACCACGAGGACCAGGAGCACCGCGACCAAGACCAGCAGCAGCACCGGGAGUAGGGCAAGUGCGCUGUAG